AUGGCUAUGAAUUCAUCAUCAGAUAACAGUCUACUUCACCUUAAUGAAGUGACUGUAGCCAUGGUUCCAUGGCCUGAACAUGGCCAUCUCAACUUACUCUUCUAUCUCGCUCGAAUCAUCGCCUCCCACAACAUUCCUGUACACUUCCUCUGCCUCACUGCUAGGAACCAAGAUUUAAGAAAACGCCUCCAAGGUGGACUUAAAGCCUCUGUUGAAAACCUAAGAGAUUCAAACAUCCAUUUCAAUGACCUCUUAGUACAUUCAUCUCCUACAGAAAAAAAAGAUGAUUUCUUGGAAAGACUAGGUAAUCAUUUGCAUUUGAUGUCCAACUUCAAGUGUUAUGCUUUCCACCCCACUUCAGCUUUCACCAGGUACUCUACACUUCGACAAACUAUUCAUACAGCUGAUCAAGAUCACGACGAAAUGAUUAAGCAACUUGGAGAUGAGUUUCCAACUGCAGAGAGUACUUUCGGUCCAAAUAUGGCUGAGUAUGUUGAGGAGGAACUUACAUGGAAGCACAACUCUGGAGAUAUCAUUAACUCCUGCAGAGAAUUGGAAGGUAAGUUUAUAGAUUCACUUGCGAAGGUAAAAGAGAAUACGCCUUUGUGGGCUUUUGGACCAUUUAACAUGCUGCCUGAAUCACUAGACUCAUUUUCUAAUUCUUCAUCUGGCAACAAAAGUACUCGUCACAACUGUCUCGAAUUUCUUGACAAGCAAGAUGUUAACUCAGUAAUAUUCGUGUCGUUUGGAACAACCACUACAUUAUCACAAGAGCAAGUGAAGGAGUUAGCACUUGGUUUAGAACAAAGCAACCAUAAGUUCAUAUGGGUAAUAAGGGAAGCAGACAAAAGGGUAGACAUGGAGAAUGGUGAAGAAAGACAUGAGAAGAUUGUGUUGCCAGAAGGGUUUGAAGAAAGAGUGGAAGGAAGAGGAAUGGUGGUGAGAAGUUGGGCACCACAGUUGGAAAUCUUGGGGCAUCCGUCUACAGGCGGUUUUCUGAGCCAUUGUGGAUGGAAUUCUUCAAUGGAAAGUAUAAGUAUGGGAGUCCCAAUGGCAGCUAUGCCUAUGACUGUUGAUCAGCCAUAUCACACUCUGUUGGUAUCAAACGUUUGGAAGAUCGGAGUCUCUGUGUGGAGUUGGGCACGUCGGAAGGAAAUAGUACCAGCAGUGGCUAUUGAGAAAGCUGUCAAAACUUUGAUGGGGACACCAGAAGGAGAAGAGAUGAGGCAGAGGGUGGUGGAGUUGAGAGAUAAUAUCAAGAAGUCUGUUAGCCAUGGAGGACUUGCAUACAAGGAGAUGGAAUCUUUCAUCUCUUAUAUUAUCAAGAACUGA